AUGGCCAUUCCUCGCACGGUGCCGUUCGCGGUAGCAGCUUGGCUGAUGCUCUUCACGUCAUGUCUAGUGUCCUCUCACGCACGGGACCUCUCCAACCACCGCCUUCCCACCACCAGGAGCUCCGAAGCCGUUGCGAAAUUUCCCGCAGUUCUCUCCUGGUCUUCCCCCGAAGACGCCGGACAUGACGGCGCGCGCGGCGAUAUCGGAGAUCCGCCUUCGCACCGCAGCUCUACCGUCAUCGCCGCUGCCGCCGAAGUUGAAAAGCCGGCGCGACCCUCGACGCGGUCCGCGAUAAGCGGCUACUAUGACGGACCGCGACUGUCGGGGGAAGCGGCGAUCCCAGAGUGGUUGGACCGGGACGCGCUGCGUGAUUUGGAGGAACUACUCAAGGAUGUGCUUGGUGAGCCGCGCGGAAGCGGCGACCAUAAACAUAACGAUGAUGAUAAUGAAGUUGAUGACGAUGGCGCGUUUGGAAUUGGUGACUGGGAUUUGCCGUCGGGGCCUACCAAUUGGAGCGACGAGGGUAAAAGCGGAGGUGGUGCGUCGCGGGGAGCGAAGGACGCGAGUGCGGCGUUCGGGGAUGGGGAGCGGGAAAGCUGCGCGGGGGCAACAACCGGCGGCGCUAGUACUAGCCGCCGCAGCAGCAGCGCAGGCAACCGCGGUUCCAUCAUCCGCGGAAGCGAUUGCGGCAGCAGCGACUGUGGUGGUACGGAGAGUGUUCCGACGGGGAAGAGGCGAUCGCUGUUGGGAAAGCCGGUAGUGCCGAACCUGAUCGUGGCUCAGGACGGGUCGGGAAACGUCACUAACCUCCAGGACGCUGUGAGGAUUAUCAACAGUGAUAUGAGCAGGACAUGGUACAUAGUGCAGUUGAAGCCGGGGCGGUAUGUGGGCAACGUGCAGGUGGAGAGGGUGAAUGUGGUACUGCUGGGCAGCGGUGCAUGGCGGACGGUCAUCACAGGGAACCGCAGCAACGGUGCUGGCUUCGAUACAUGGGAUACCCCCUCCUUUGCUGCGGCGGGAAACAACUUUGUGACGAUGGGCAUUCGCUUUGAGAACACUGCACGGCCUCGCAUGGAGGCAGCAGUUGCGUUCCGAGCAACUGGGGACAGAACCAUCGCGUACCGCUGUGUCUUUUCGGGCUUCCAGGACACACUCAACGCGCAUCAAGGGCGGCAGUACUACCGCAACUGCGCCAUCUAUGGCCACGUGGACUUCAUAUACGGUCGCCAAGGAGCGGCCGUUUUUGACCGCUGCCGCAUCGCCCCCAUCCCACGCCCGGGGCAAACCAGCUCUGCCAUCAUCGCCACCCACGGCGGCAAAUCCCUCUCAUUACGUGAGGGCGGGUUUGUCUUCUACCGGUGCAUGGUUGCCGGAGUCACUCCAGGGUAG